UCAAUAUGAUCAUAUCACCUUCUCCCACUAAUACUCUAUAUAUAUCAUAUAGUUUCUUUCUUCUAAUAUACUUUAAUUUUUCAGCAAACGAAAGACAAAGUGUGUCAGAGAUCUCAGAGGGUGUGAAUCCCAAUGAGGAUCUUAGCCGAACCUCGAGGUUCGGUUCCGUGCCUCCUCCUUCUCGUGUCGGUUCUCUUAUCAGCGACUACUCUCUCAGUCGCUCGUGUCGUCGAAGUUGUCGGUUACGCCGAGAGCAAGAUCAAAAACCCCCAUGCAUUUUCAGGACUACGAGUGACGAUCGAUUGUAAGGUGAAUAAAGGCCAUUUUGUUACAAAAGGUUCGGGAAACAUUGACGAUAAUGGAAAGUUUGGUUUAAAUAUUCCUCAUGACAUUGUCACCGACGACGGAGCUUUAAAGGAGGAGUGUUACGCUCAGCUUCACAGCGCGACAGGAACCCCUUGUCCGGCUCACGACGGCCUCGAGUCAACCAAGAUUGUGUAUAUAUCCAAAUCCGGGGAUAAACACGUUUUGGGUCUCAAACAAAACCUGAAGUUUUCACCCGAAAUUUGCGUUUCGAAAUUCUUCUGGCCUAUGCCUAAGUUGCCUCCUUUUAAGGGCUUUGGUCAUCAUUUCCCUUUACCUCCGCCUUUGGAACUUCCACCUUUUCUCAAGAAACCAUGUCCACCUAAAUACAGUCCUCCUGAGGAGGUUCCACCCCCGGUUCCCGUUUACGAGCCGCCGCCAAAGGUAGAAGUCCCGCCUCCGGUUCCCGUCUACGAUCCACCGCCAAAGAAAGAAGUUCCACCACCUGUCCCCGUUUACGAGCCACCACCAAAGGUAGAACUUCCACCGCCGAUUACUAAGAAGCCCUGUCCACCUAAACCGCCGAAGAUUGAGCACCCACCUCCGGUACCAGUUUACAAGCCACCGCCAAAGGUAGAGCUUCCACCGCCCAUCCAUAAGAAGCCAUGUCCGCCUAAGGUGGAGCACCCACCUACGGUUCCGGUCUACAAGCCGCCACCAAAGGUAGAGCACCCACCUACGGUACCGGUUUACAAGCCACCGCCAAAGGUCGAGCACCCACCUACGGUUCCGGUACACAAGCCACCGCAUAUCCCCAAGAAACCAUGUCCCCCUAAGGUCGAGCUUCCACCUCCGGUACCGGUUUACAAGCCACCACCGAAGAAAGUUGACCCACCGGCGCCGGUUCCAGUACACAAGCCGCCGCCAAAGAUAGUGGUACCACCGUCGAUACCAAUCUACAAGCCGCCGAAGAAACCGUGUCCGCCGAAGAAAGAUCUUCCACCGCCGGUUCCAAUAUACAAGCCGCCGCCGAAGAUAGAGCAUCCACCAAUCUACAUACCACCUGUUGUGAUCCCGAAAAAGCCGUGCCCUCCGCCGAUACCAGUGGUGGUGAUACCAAAGAAGCCAUGUCCGCCACUUCCACCGCUUCCUAAGUUCCCGCCUCUUCCUCCAAAAUACAUUCACCACCCCAAGUUCGGGAAAUGGCCUCCGUUGCCUUCACACCCUUGAGAAACUUCUUAUAAUACGUAUAUAUAUAUAUAUAUAUAUAUAUGUACGUAAUCGUAUACUUGAUGUAUAAUCAACGUGUUGCCUUUUUUAAUUGUUAUCUUUGCAUGUGUUUAAUAUUCUCUUUUGUUGUUGGCUUUUAUAUAUAUCGCUGAGUUAUCUUCUAUGUGUAGACGACUGUUUGUUUGUUUAUAUUCCCAUUUCCCAGCAUACAAUCUUCCAACAAUAAUAUUAUUUGAUAAUGAUACGUUCAGCUUAA